GUAGCAGCAGCAGCAGUAGUAGUAGUAGCAGUAGUAGUAGUAGUCGUUGUAAACAAGGAAUGUCAUGCUCAGACAGCAGAUGGAGUCUCCCCAGUAUUAAUCAUCACGUGUUUACGUCUUUUACAGAAUACGAGAUCUGCCCACAAAUUUGAUUCUGCAAAGGUACCGUUAUUCUCACAAUUUCCGCCGAUUCAACAGAUUUAACAACAUGCGUAUUACAUGUACACAUGUAGCGCUGUUGCUACUGACAACAUGUUGGCACGUGCAAGCUUGCAUAACUGCCCGGAAUGAGAUUCAAGAACCUGUUAUUGGAAUAGACCUGGGAACAGCCUUCACCUGUGUAGGUGUGGUUAGAAAUGACCAAGUUGAUAUCAUCCCCGACCAACAGGGGAACAGGAUCACCCCCUCCUAUGUUGCGUUCACCCCGGAUGGGGAGACUCUGAUCGGAGACGCCGCCAAGAAUCAAAGAACCCACAAACCCGAGAACACCAUCUUCGACGUCAAACGUCUGAUUGGCCGCACAUGGGAUGACCCGUCCGUGCAGAGGGACAUCAAACGAUUUCCUUUCAAGGUGUUGAUAAACAAGGAAAACAAGCCGUACAUAGAAGUCCGAUUUGGGUCAGAGGACAAGGUGUUUGCUCCCGAGGAGAUCUCAGCCAUGUUGUUGUCGAAGAUGAAGGAGAUGGCAGAGACGUACCUGGGAGAAAACGUCACCAAUGCUGUCGUCAAAGUCCCUGCCUACUUCAACGACGCCCAGAGGACAGCAACCAAAGACGCCGGCACCAUCGCUGGGCUGAAUGUUCUGCGUAUCAUCAACGAACCAACUGCUGCCGCCUUUGCGUACCGUCUGGACAAGUCAGAUGGAGAAAAGAACGUCCCGGUGUUUGACUUGGGAGUGGGAACGUUUGAUGUGUCAAUCAUCACCAUCGACCAUGGCGUGUUUGAGGUGGUGGCCACCAGUGGAGACACGCAUCUUGGUGGUCAAGACAUCGACCAGAGACUGAUAGAGUACUUCAUCAAACAAUACAAGACGAGGACGGGGCAGGACCUACUAGAGAACAGCGGGGCCAUCCAGAAACUGCGUCGUGAGGUGGAGAAAGCGAAGAGAGCCCUGUCCUCCCAGCAUCAGACUCGGGUGGAGAUUGAGUCUAUCAUGGGCGGUCAUGAUUUCUCUGAAGUCCUCACUAGAGCUAAACUGGAGGAACUGAACAUGGACCUUUUCAAAUCAACUUUGAAUUAUAUGCAGUCAGCUUUGGAUGACGCAUAUCUGAACAGGACGAAUAUCCAUGAGAUUGUUAUGGUCGGAGACUCAAGUGAGAUACCCAAGAUUAAGCAACUGGUGAAGGAGUUCCUUGAUGGGAAGGAACCAAACAGAGGCAUCAACCUUGAAGAAGUUGUAGCUUACGGAGCCGCUGUUCAGGGAGGAGUCAUGGCUGGGAAUGGCGACAAUUACAUCACACUCUGCGACUUCAGCCCAUUGAGCCUCGUCAUAGAGACCAUUGGCGGCGUCAUGGCAAAGGUCAUCCGGCGCAACACAUUGAUCCCCACCAGAAGAACAGAGCAGUUUACAACAACAGAAUACGACCAGGAUGAAGUGACAAUUCGCGUCUUUGAAGGCGAGAGGGGCAUUACAAAGAACAACAUUUUCCUUGGACAAUUUGACCUUACAGUUAUUCAGCGGGCUCCCAGAGGGGUUCCUGAAAUAAAUGUUACCAUUGAAAUAGACAUGAAUGGCAUUUUGUACGUAACAGCUGAAGAUACGGGGACUGGAAAUAAGAACAACAUUGUCAUUAAGUACGACGAAGGGGAGAGGCCUUCUCCUGAAGAUUUGGAGAAGAUGAUUCAAGAUGCUGAGGAGUUUGCUGGUGAGGACAAGGAGAUGAUGGAGAAGACGGAAGCUGAACUCAGAGCCGAGGAUAAAUGGACAUACAGGAAGUCUGUAAGAAGGAAACCCAUCACACCAGGUAACCCGGAGGACAUUUCCCGUGAUGAGCUCUGA